CAUCAUUUCUCGAUUUCUCUACUCCAAGUCGUUAGCUUCUCCGCAUUUUUCUCUCGACGUCACAGCGGUUCUCUCGCAGCUGAGAAAAAACAAAAAUGUCGCAGAAAGAUCAAGAUUUGGCAAGUAUCAUCGACCGAGCGGCUGUGUUCAUAUUCAAACACGGAGUUGAGUAUGAGGCGGAGCUCUUGGAAACGUUUCCAUGUCACACCUUUUUGAAGAGCUCUGAUCCUAAUCACGGAAUGUACCAGAAGAGGCUUAUGGAAUACAGGAACGGAACUGCUGAUACGAUGAGGGUUAGUGCCGAAGUCAUUGAGCCACCUCCAGGUAGUACCAAAACUCUGAUCGAGAGAACAGCGAUUCUCAUUUCCAAAAAGAGUUCCACUGUUGAGGAGAGGUUGAGGAGAUGCAAUUUGACAAAUCCAAGAUACAAGUUUCUGCAUAGGUCAGAUCCUUUUCAUGCGUUUUACCAGCAGAAGCUUAGAGAGUACCGUUCUCUAAAGACUGAUGCUAAUGUUGUUGAUGAUGAUUCUGAUGAUGGGUUUGAUGCUGCUCUUGCUGCAAAUCGUGAUAUUAUUUUGCCUAAGUACAUUUCUCUGUCUAAUUUUCUUCAGUGGGAAAUCCCUCAAGGGAUGACCCUCAGCGAGUUUGAUACUAUUAAGCUCACAGCUAUGUUUGUGGGUUGGUAUGGGAGUGAGUUUUGGUUGGGUUUGCAUGCAAGAGCUGUUCCUCAGCUUGGGUUUAUGAAUCCAAGUAAUGGGAGGUUCAGUAAGUUUACUGAGCUUACUGUUGCGUAUUCCAAAGUGUUAACACCUCCAACUAAUCUGAUUAAAGAGCUGGGAAAUAAUGCCGCUUAUCUGGAAGCCAUUAUUGAUGCUUUUCUCCAAUGUCUUCAAUGGAAAUCUUUCGACCACUACAGAUGGCGUCAGGGAGGAGAGCAGUCUUUGAUUGACUGGCAUGCUUCUGUCACCAAAGAUUUUGCUAACAAGGGCCAGAAUCAUCAUCAAGAUCUGCCACCACUGCCACAAAAGCAGUCCCCUCCACUACUUGAGGAACCAAAUCCAAAGAGACAGAAGCUUGACGUCAACGGGUCAGCCCUUGUUCCAGAAGACCAGUUUCUUGCUCAACAUCCGGGCUCGUCUACGAUCACGGUUUCUGUUCCCAACGCUGAUGGUGGUGGUCAAGUCAUUGAGAUCACGGUGCAGUCGUUAUCGGAAAGCGUGGCUAGCUUGAAGGAGAAAAUAGCAGAGGAGAUCCAAGUUCCAGCUGCAAACACACACAAGUUGAUGAUUAGUGGGAAAGCCAUGGUUUUGGAGGACACCGACAAGUCUCUUGCACAUUACAACGUUGGAGCAGGAGAUAUCCUUACACUGUCUCUGUGAGUGAGUGUAUCCGCAAAGGAAAAAUAAAUGCUUCUCAUGCAUGAAUCUCCUCUUUUAAUGACUACUCUCUAUCUUUAGUUCAUUGCCUUAAAACUAUCUCUUACUACUCUCUAUCUUUAGUACGUACAUUGCUCUUUAUUAGUGUGACUUAAAUAAGUUUGUGUUGGAUUCUUAUCUUAAAAUGGUAUUUCAUGGGAUA